AUGGACAAUCAUGCUUUCACACGUAUGUCUGCCCUCUUCACAAAGUACAAUUACUGCAAUAACCAUGAAUCUCAUUCAUCCGAUAUUGCUACAACCUCAAGGACAGGAGGAGAGGAUGCAAAGAAGGAGAGCUUGUGGUGUCCAACAAUAAAGGUCUCAAGGCCAACAGCAGGCAAAACUACAGGGGGAGGCUGGUGUGGACACAGACAUCCAGGGAAGGCAUCGGCGAAGACAAGCACUGGUGCAUCAAUGCAUUCAAAGGACAAGAACAAACUACCACCAGAUGUCAGAGAGGUGAUGCCAAAGACAUCUGAGAAUGUCCCUUGCAAUUGGUUAAGGAGAUUGACUAUUAGUAAUAUCUUCCACCAAAAUCCCAGAUGCUGUGUUGACCUCUCCAUCGCAUUAUCGGAAUUCCAGCAAUUUGUGGGUGCAAAAGGAUUCUGUACAGAAAGAAUUGCUCUGCCUGUGAUCACUUUCCUGAAUGGUUCUAGCACUGGAUCUUCUCAAGCAGCUACAGGCGACCUGUGCAACAUCAGCCUGAGAGCAGUAAGAGCUUCCUUUGAGGAUGAGAGAAGCGUAAAAACGGAAGGGUUGACAAGCCAGGCCACAAAGAAAUGCUCUGGAAUUGCAGUGUCCACUCAUGAAGCUAGGCCACUACAUGUCCCAGCAAGGGACACUGUUGAACAGAGUGCACAAAACACACAUUGCAUUUCUGCAAAGCCAGACAUCGACAGGGGAGAAAAAGGAAUGUGCGAGAGUGAAGUUCCACGUUCCUCAGAGAUCUAUAUAGUAGAGUUUGAUUACAUGGCCAGGACCCAUGAGGAGCUGAGCGUGAGAAAAGGAGAGCAUCUGGAAAUCCUCAGCAAAGAAGGGGAUUGGUGGCUUGCUCAGAAAUUUUGGGAAGGAUCAUACAAACAUGAAAAAUGCUGCUCUGGCUUUGUGCCUGUCGAAAUACUAGCAAAAGAGAAGAGCUUGGAGGGAGAACCCUGGUAUUGUGGAAAAAUGACCCGAUUUGAGACAGAAAACCAUCUCCUUUCUUCCAGUCAAAAUGUUGGCUUGUUUCUUGUCCGAAAAAGUGAAACAUUACAGGAUUCAUAUGUAUUAUCAGCUAGAGUUGGCGAUUCGAUCAUUCAUGUUGUGAUUUUACAAAAAGAAAAUGGUCGAUUUCACACAACGGAACAUCCAGAUUUUGACACUAUUCAAGAACUGGUUGAACAUUAUAAGCAUAAUGCAAUCCACUGUGGUAUUAAAUUAAAUAGGCCAAGCAAAAAGAAAAGGCCAUCACUUCGUCACUUAUCAUAUAACACUGUGGACAAAUGGGAAAGACCAAAAGAAGAAUUCACUUUAGUAAAGUGCAUAGGUUCUGGUAAUUAUGGAGAAGUGUGGAAAGCCAUCUGGAAUGAGAAUGUACCUGUUGCUAUUAAAAUGUUAAAAGAAGAUACUACAGAUUCCAGCAAUUUUCUGAAAGAAGCACAAAUUAUGAAGAACUUCCACCACCAGAAUCUGAUUCCACUGUACGCUGUAUGCACCAAAAAAAAUCCUUUCUUCAUUGUCACCGAAUUGAUGAAACAUGGAGAUCUCUUGAAAUAUUUAAGGAGAUCAGAAGGCUGUUUUACAAUUGCACAAUUAAUAGACAUGGCAGUUCAGAUUGCUGCUGGAAUGUCAUACCUUGAAUCCAAACAUUACGUUCAUCUGGAUUUAGCAGCAAGAAAUAUUCUUAUUGGGGACAAUAUGAUUUGCAAAAUUUCAGACUUUGGACUUACUAAAUUGUUAAAGGAUGCCACUGCUGCCAAGAUACCCAAUUGUCUGCUUCCCAUUAAGUGGACUGCUCCAGAAGUAGCAAUUAUGAAUCACAUUUCGAUGAAAUCAGAUGUGUGGUCCUUUGGUGUUGUUCUGUUUGAGAUCACGACAUAUGGGAUGAUUCCAUAUCCUGGAAUGCCAAAUAGAAUGGUCUUAUUCGAACUGCUCCAGGGCUACAGGAUGCCAUGUCCUAUAGGCUGUCCACAGCCCAUUUAUGCCAUUAUGAGAGAAUGCUGGAAUGAAAUUCCAUCCCAAAGACCAUUAUUCAGCAAAUUGAAACUACAACUGGAAAACUUCAUCAUUACCAAUUUCAGUGCUCUGUAUUAACCGUCUUUAAAAUUACUGAAUCUUCUAUUUAAAAUUAUCAACAAAACAAAAAAGGCUUCAAAAUGAAUAUCAGACUGAAUUUUGCAGUGGAACUGACAGUGAGGCUAAUGGCACUGAUAAUUAUAGAUGAAGGUCAUGAGGACUCAAAACGUCAACUGUGCUCUUCUCCGCCAAUGCUGCCAGACCUGCUGAGUUUUUCCAGGUAUUUCUGUUUCUGUUUUUGUUUUGGAUUUCCAGC